AUGUCUACCACAGCUGGUUCCUUCAUUGCCGGAGGUAUCGCCGCCUGCGGUGCCGUAACCGUCACUCACAGCUUCGAAACCGUCAAGAUCCGGCUCCAAUUGCAGGGUGAGCUUCAGGCGAAGGGCGAUGCGGCGAAGAAGUACAAUGGUGUCCUGCACGGCGUCAAGGUCAUCCUACAGAAUGAAGGCCCCCGCGGCCUAUUCCGUGGCAUUGGAUCUGCCUACAUCUAUCAGGUCCUGUUGAACGGCUGCCGUCUGGGUUUCUACGAACCCAUCCGUUCCAACCUCACCUCGGCCAUCUACAGUGACCCCAUGGUCCAGUCUCUCGGAGCUAAUGUCUUUGCCGGUGCUGCAUCUGGUGUCAUUGGAGCCGCUGCCGGCUCUCCGUUCUUCUUGGUGAAGACCCGUCUCCAAUCCUAUUCGCCCUUCCUUCCCGUUGGUACCCAACAUAACUACAAGAACUCCAUUGAUGGCCUGAGCAAGAUCUACAGGGGUGAGGGAGUCAAGGGUAUCUACCGAGGCGUGGGAGCCGCGAUGAUCCGCACAAGUUUCGGCAGUGCUGUCCAGCUCCCCACAUAUUUCUUUGCAAAGCGCCGCCUGACCCGGCACCUUGGUAUGGAGGAGGGUCCGGCUCUUCACCUGGCCAGUAGUGCGGCUUCUGGCUUUGUUGUGUGCUGUUUCAUGCACCCCCCUGACACCAUCAUGGCCCGCAUGUACAACCAGACUGGUAACCUUUACCAGGGUGUCUUUGAUUGCCUCUUCAAGACCGUCCGUACCGAGGGUGUUCUGGCCAUUUACAAGGGAUUCUUCGCCCACUUGGCUCGUAUCCUCCCCCACACUAUCUUGACCCUCAGUCUGGCUGAGCAAACAAACAAGCUUAUGCGUCGGGUCGAGGACCGAUUUCUCUCUGACUCCGUUCGCGAGAAGCUCUAA